AUGAGAAGGCAACAUUGCCAACAUUUUUCUGAUACCGAAAGAGUGCGAGACGCCACUGAAACAAUGUCCAUCAAUGACAUCAGUCAAGUUGAGAACAUUAGCGGUAAUACUGUAUUGCAAAUUGCACCACCUGAUGGCUUCGCCGGGGUUGCCAGACUUUUACCAAGACGAAAUCCUUUUUGUCCGACUCGAAACCGUUCAAGUCAACGUCUAAUAGAACUGGCUCCUAAUGAUGCAAAUACGAAAGUUCAGAAAGAAUUAGCAUGCUUUAUAUGCGAUCCAAAUGAUCCGUGCGAAUGGGAAAUUGUCCAUGCAAAUGCUUCAGAAUACUCAGCUCGCUUUCGACGAGAAUCGGAUCUUUCUUUUCUCUACAAACGCAAUAUUGAAUCUGAUUUAUUAGAUAAAAUUUACGCGAUAAAUAAGGGCUAUCUGUACACCAGACUUGUUGGUAACUUGACAAAAUCAAAUUUUAACAGUAUCAAAGUCUAUUUUCAACGAGCAAAGGACAAUAAAGACCCGUUUGAGAUAGUCCGAGCUUAUACAUCAACAGCAACGUUCCACCAAUAUGUAAACGGAGACAUGGCACGAAAUGUUAUUCAUGAUUUGAGACAAGGUUGUUCAAAAUUUUUUUGCACCCGUCUCUAUUUGGCUCAAGAUGGCGUCAUGGCUAUUACAUCGAUUCUUUUACAUCAUCCAAAGUUUGAACCGUACAGUUAUACGGGUGUAUGCUAUCGUGGUAUGCGCGUUAAAGGAUCAGAACUUGCUCCCUAUUAUGCGGGACAACAAAUUGUUAAUACAACGUUUUUAUCGACAUCGAAAACAACAAAAGUUGCAGAAAUUUUCUGUGGACCAAAUGAUAUGUCAGUAUUUUCAACUUAUCUGAUACGAAAUAAGCGCACAGCGCUCGACAUUAGUGGGAUUUCUAAGGUAAAAGAUGAAGAAGAGGUACUCAUCUUACCGUUUGCUGCAUUCACCAUCACUGCCGUGGAAAAAACAGACAACAUGGAAACAAAAAUAUGGCUGGAAGAAUGUAAACUACCGGAAACAAAUAAUACUAGUGUCCCAUUAUCUGCUUUUGAACAAUGUGAAGGUAAACCAGAAAAACAACAUUGA